CGGGCCCCGUCCCCUCGGUCACUGCCUGGCACAGCUGGGAUUGGGGGUCUUCCCGCCGCCGCCCCUCCUCCGGGGCCCGCACGCAGUGCCCCGUCCUGCGGGGCAGGGGCCACCUUGGCUGCUGGUGCCAUGAGGAGAGAAGGCGGCAGCUCCUGGAAGCAGACAGACCCUCUCGGGCUUUCCUUGCUCGGCUCUUGAUGCCGGUGUCUCUCGGCAGCGCACCAGAGUCCAGUGGCAAAAAGGGAGGGGCGCUGGUUUACAGAAGAGCCUGGCUAUCGGGCAGGAUGGAGAAGUCCAGGGGCAGCUUAAGAUGGCGAACUCCUCAGAGCCAUCCGGUUGGACGGGCCAUUGCUCCCCAGCAUGCAGGGAAAUGGUGUCGGAUUGGGAGUGGCCAGAUUCCCUAUCGGGUUACAUAUACCUGGAAUCGAGGGGGCAGGUUAAAAGAACUUCGUAUCAGACACCUGGCCAGGAAGUUCCUCUACUUGUGGGUGAAAAAGACAUUUGGACAAGUUCUUCCUUCCAAAGCCAGAUGCCAUUAUGACCAGACGAUUCUGCAAAAAACUUUCAGAGAGUGGAAGGAGGAAUGGUGGAUUGUUUGCAGAGAGUGGAAGCUCAGCAUCAGAGCUGACUGCCAUUACAGAUAUUUCUUAUACAAUCUAGUGUUUAAGGCCUGGAAGGUUUAUGUAUGUCAGCAGCGGGAGAAGAAGAGCAAGUAUCAUGUUGCAGAGUCUCAUGCAGAGAAGCAGAAGUUACGCUGGACAUGGCGGUGUUGGCUGAUCUACGUUGAUGUUCGGAGGACCAAGCAUAGCAUGCAAUCUAAGGCCCUGGUAUUCAGUGAAAGGAGCACUCUGCGUGUGCCAUGGAGAAUGUGGACAAGGCGACUGCUUCAAAAUUGUGCCAGCCGUGAGAUGGAUGCCCUGGCUUUGCAACACUGGGCCCUGAGUCUUCAGUUUUGGGCUUGGCUGCAGUGGAAAGACUUGUAUUUACACAGCCAGAAUGUCAAGUGGAAGGAGGUCUGGGCAAUAAAUCAUCAUCGGCACUGUGAGUUGAAGAGGUGCAUGAAGGCCUGGCAGGGAUACCUCCAGCUCCGAAGAGUUAAAAGGCAUCGGGACAAGCUGGCCCAGAAACACCACCAGGGCCAUGUGCUCCAGCAAUGUUUCUCAAGCUGGCAGCUGGCCUGGGAGCACCAGAGAAGCAUGAGAGUCCAUCAGGAGUACAUUGGUGAGCUAGCAGUAAGGAGUGCCUUACGGAGGGUCUUCACACACUGGAAGCAUUAUAUGGUACUGUGCAGGGAAGAAAACUGGCAGCAUGAGCUGGCCAAGAAGCAUCACAAGCACCAUCUGUUGCAAUUUGGAUUUGAUGCCCUCCAGAAAAAUGUUGUGAAUGCUCGUCUCCAACAAAUGAGAAAAAAUUUGGCUCAUCGGCAAUAUCAAGUCAUGCUGCUGCAGAGCUGCUGGAAUUGCUGGAAAUCUCGGCUAGAACAAGAAGAGGAAAAGCAGCUAUGGUCUCUGACCCUUGCAGCUCACAGGCACUACCGAAUAAUUUUGCUACGCAAAUCUCUCAGGCUAUGGCUAGAGAAUGCCAGGUGGAGAAGACACAGGCAGAUCCAGCGUGCUAAAGCUGAUAACCACUAUGGGAAGAUGAUCUUGCCUGUCACCUUGCAGGUUUGGAAACAAUUUAAGAAUCAUCAACAAAAGUGGAGAGAGAUGAAGGAAACAGCAUUGUGCUUUCACAGGGAGGUCUGGACUAGACGGACAUUUGAUAUGUGGUGGCUAAGGACACAUCAGCAGCAAGAGAAUCGAACAGCAGAGAGAAGGGCUGUUCUUCACUUUGAGUGGCAGCUGUUGGUUCGUUUCUGGUGUUCCUGGCGCAGGAGAACAGAAGCAUGCUUAGAGGAGCAAGAGGGCCUGGCUCAGGCUCAUGAUCAUUACUACCAUCUGCUCCUGCUAAAGACUUUUAAUCUCUGGAAGAAGAAUGUUCAGGCGAUCAGAAUAGAGAGAAUCAAGGAGGUGAAAGCCUUAAGAUUCCAUUAUUCAAAGAGUCUGCGGUGGUCUUGGAGCAAGUGGAGAGAGUAUAUGGAGCGUAAGGGUGAGAAAUGGAGGAAGCUGAUGCGAGCAGACAUGCAUUAUCAGCACUCAGUGCUGCACAGGGUCUUGAGAGCCUGGAAGAGUUACCAGUGUAACGUACAGCACAUUCUACACCAGAUUGCUGAAAAGGCGGAGGAACGGAACAGAGAGCUCUUGCGGUGGGUGUUAAGUAUCUGGAGAGGAAAUACUAUUGCCAUUAUGGGUGAAGCUAAGGCAGCUGUUCAGGCAGAACAGCACUACAGGAGAACAACUCUCGCAAAGGUUUUACUGGAGUGGAGGGACAUCACCUCUCUGCAGGUGUACUGCCAUCAGCAGGAUGCAGCAGCUGUGAGGGAAGCCAGGAAGCAUUUGGAUGCAGUGCAUCUACAGGCCCUGUUUCUUCGCUGGAAGGAACUUGCCAAGAGGUCCAUGGUGUUGAGAACCCAGCUGGACACUGCGGUUCAACACCGUGGGAGGUCCUUGCUCAGAAACUGCCUCACUAAGUGGAAGCAGUAUCAUCUGCAGUGCAUUGGGAAGAUGCUUCUGCAGAGACAAGGAGACCAGCUGAUGGCUCGAAGACUCUACUCCAUUUGUUUCUCCUGCUGGAAGAGACAGCUGGUGCAGAAACAAUGGGAGAAGCAGGAGACAGUGUGGGCGCUGUGGCACUGGUCACUCUCCCUGCAGGCAAAGGUGUUUGAUGUCUGGCUGGGGUUUGUCCAGGAGCAGCAGAGGAAAAAAGGCCGCAUUGAAAGUGCUGUGGGAGUUUACCGCGCCACUCUGCUGAAAGAAGGUGUGACACGGAUCUUGAGAUAUGUGGCUGGCAUGAAACAGUUCCGGGGACAGCUUCAAGCCCAGCACCAGCUAAAGGCAGCCUACAGCCUCCACCAGUCAGUGUACCGUUGUGCCAUGCUCUGGAAACAGAAGGCUCUCUGCAAGAGUCUAGACCAACCUCGCUCCUUUCUGCCUCCUCCAAAGAAGCGGGUGACAUUUAAGGUGCCUGCAUCUAAAGAUGGCUCCUGGGAAAGAGGAAACUCAGCAGAGAGUCUGUGCCUCAUGAAGAAUGAUGAUCUUCCAUUCCUCCUUGCUGCUGGGGACUCUGUUCUUAGCGAGCUAAAUGCUGUCCGCCAAGCAAGGUUACAGCCACGUCGCCCUGACUUCCUGCUGGGAUCUCCGGAAAAAGAGAAACUCCUAGGAACACCUUUCCCUAAAAUGGAGGGAGCAGAAGUGCCUUUGCAGCAAGCAGCUGUGAACAAACAUUUUGCUCCAGCCAAGACCUUGCUGCCAUCGACUCAAGCAGACAGAAGCAGCUAUAGUUUGUCACUUCACAUGGACAGCAUUACAAACACAGUCUGCCCCCUUCGUGCAUCUGCCCCAUUGCCCUGUAUACCAUCUUGGACACCUGCCAUGCAGCAUACUGUUCAGACAAAUCCAAAGCUUGAGCUAUUGCCUCCCUCAUCUUUCAUGCCACGUGUGAGACAUGGAUCAGAACUGAUUAGAGGCAAAUCCCUGAAUGGUCACCCAGAAGCCACUCCCCAAGACACACAGCAGGCCACUGCAGGAGAAGAGAUGGUGCAACUCAACCCACAGGCACAUCUGCUGAAACCUGAAGGCUUUGCAGGAAGAGAGAGAAGCCCCAAACCUGCAGGUAAACGUGAACAGAGGCAAGGCAGUUCAACCAAGCGAGUAGAGCUGGAAGCAGAACUCCAACACAUCCAUCUGGAAAUGCAGCAUUACUGCGACAGUAAGCGGGAGCUCAAGUCAUGUCAGCGGCAAGCACAGAUUCUACAUAAGUGGCUAGAUAUGAGUACAGGUGGCACAGGCCUGGAGGAGCGUGAGGCUGUCCAGCAUGUUCAAGAAGAGUUGGAACAGUUGGUGCUAAGGAUCAACUCUCUGGCAAAAGUGCUCUUGGAGGGGAGACGCAGAGUGCAGAGUUAUGUCAUGCGUCUACAGGACAUUCGUGCUGCUCUGGCCAUCCCAGGGGGAGUUUAGACUUUCCUUCAACACAGCUGAACUGCAGGGAGACGGAACAACAAGAAGGUAUAGACUCCUAAGAAGCUUUCUUCUCAGAAGACCCCUUUAAAGUACCAGAUUAAGUAAAACAUCCAGUACCCUGUGGCAUGUGCACCCUCAAGCCAGCAUGGAACACAUUCAGACAGGAGUUUGAGUCAAUUCCCUCACUUGGCCUAGUUACUUACGUACAGGCAUUUGAUUUCCUGGACUCCAAAUAGAAUUUAUUUUAGAAUAGAUAACAUUGCUUUAAAAGUGAGUUUCUCUCCACCCUUUUGACACCAGUUGCUGUCAAUCCCGUUACUGGUAACAAGAAGCUUAACAGACCAAGUAUUAGUGUCAUGUUUCACAGACUGGUUGAAAUGUUAAUAUCUCCAUUCUAAUCCUCCUUGGUAUGAAUUUACAAAAACACUUAAGUUUGCAACAGAAUGAAGCUUCAGAACAGAGCUCUCAGCCCCAGCAUCUCUCUACCAGCUAUGAGGG